AUGAGUAUGCUUCACACACAUGUCUACAACGGUGAUCACUUCAAGCCGGGGCACGCUAGAUCUCGUUCGUACAACGAGUUGUUGUCGCAGUUCAAGACCGCGAUUUCCUCGUCGUCUCCUACUGCGAAGUUAGUGAGUUCGCCGACCACUCCAAACACAACUUCCAGAAGCUCGUACGUGAAAAAACGCUCGUACAGUGAUCUUAUGAAAGAUACACCAUCCAUGGGAUCGGUCGGUAUUGAGACUACUAAAAGAUCAAGAACCGCUCCCCCUUCUCCACCUUACGAAUUCCCCGUGUACGAAAAGGCCCUGUUGCGCCCAACCACUCUUAACUUGAAGAACCAUAGGGUUAUACGGUCCAGAUCAUUGUCACCAAAUAAGAAGACCAGCUUUCUCGUGAGCAACCCUAUUUCACCUUCGGAUUCUCCAGCAACCUCUCCAGUUUUGGUGAAGAAUGAGACCGUGGCUGCAAAGCCUGGGUUAGCAGCUUCACAGCAGCCCAAAAUCACACAAGAAGAGACCGCUGUGUCUCCCGCUACUAAUGCUGCUACUCCUGCUGCUGUAGUUAAUGUCAAGUCAGUACAGCUCCCAUCGCUCUCUACUGCAUUGCAAUCCACUCCCAUGACCAGCGUCAAGUUGAACCCCAUCGCUCCAACCGUGUCCUUGGACUACUUCGACACAUACAAGCCUAAUGAUGAAAAUUGGCGCUAUGAAUUGUUAGAUUCCAUUACUAAAUCUUCCAAGCUGUUCAACCUCAACAGGUACAAUUAUCUCAAUAGAGCUGGUACUCAAUUGGAUUCAUUAAAGUCUGCUGCAUCAGGCCCCGUUUCACCACCUUCCACUUCUCCUUACAAGGUAGGCAAGCCAAGCUUCAAUUCCAAAAUAAGCUCCAAGAUUUUGCACCCAAUCAGUGAAAGAUCGACCGCUGCUUCUACAAAGUACCGUCCUUACAACUCGAAGUCUAUUCGUAAAUCCUAUUCGGAGAAAAAGAUCAAGUUCCCGUAUGAAUCCAACUAUACUUACCUUAACAAGACCUACAUGACGGAUGUGGAAAAGUACCCUGAGUACCUAGAGUUGGCACAAUCAUUGAUCCUGUUGUCGCAACUGGAUCAAAAUCUGUACGCUUACUCGCCUCCUCAAUCAGCUGUGGCAGAACCUCAACCUUACUAUAAACAGCAACAGCCAACACACCAACACCAACCACAACAAUUCCACCAGCCUCUUCAUCAGAGCUCUAUCCCUUUGAUGGCUUCUAUCCCAGCAAUUAUCCCAUCACCACCUUCUAUUAGCACACCCCAUCAAACCAUUGUUUCUCCAAUAAUGUCUGCAUUACCACAUCCACAUCUUCAUCAUCACCAGUACCAUCCUCAACAUCAUCACCACCAUCCAGCUCAAACUGGAUUCAGUACAUUUAUGAGUACCUACGACGUUCCAUCAACUCCACAAAAACAGCAAAAAUCAGUCCCUCUCACUCCCCCAUCUUCCAAGUCAAAAUCCCGUUCCGAAUUAUUAAAAUCUCCACCUAAAUCGUCUCAACAACAAAACACAAGAGUAUGUAUUUCAUGUGGAUCGGAUCAAUCUCCUUGUUGGAGACCAUCUUGGUCCAUAAAGGAAGGACAGUUAUGUAACUCAUGCGGACUCAGAUACAAGAAGACCGCUGCCAGAUGCCUUAACAAAGAAUGCAAGAAAAUCCCAGCUAAGGGUGAGUGGUCACUCAUGCAGAGCAAGGGUAAAUCUACAUUUGAAGAUGGUAAUGAAGGAUUCAGCUGUUUAGACUGUGGCUGGAGAGUCGAAGUUAAAAAAUGA